AUGGAACAACAUAAAUAAUAUUGUAAAAUCUCAAAAUAAGAUAGAAGAUAAAUUAUACACGAAGUUCUUGUAAAUAAGAGAUUAAUACUAGAAGUAAUUCUAUUUAUAUAUUAUAGGUGGCAAGAGAAUUCAAAGUAUUACCCUCAACCUGUAAAUCUAUUAUUAAUACAUAUAUUAAAGAAGGUAGAAUUGGAAAAAAAGAGAGAAGAAUUAGAAAACUGAAAAAAGUAACUGCAAUUUAUACAAUUACAUUAAACCCAUUAAAUCCACUUUCAUCAACGAUAUCUACUGAAUGUGAAAUUGCUGAAGUAGAGUAACCGUCUCUUUAAAGUAAUGUUUAAUAACAAGAACUUCCUUAGAAAAAACCUUAUGAUUUCUUAAGCUAAUGGACUGAAAACUAUAUUCAAGAUUACAAAAAGUACAAGUUUGGUUCAAAAUAUCAUUGA